UCGUCCACGUUUCUCAUCCUUCUUACAGCGUCCUUGUCGACAGCAUUUCAUAUUUAGUCAAUGAUACCUAGCAUACACACUCUGUCGUUUUUCCAGAGAUGGAAAAUCAAAACGAGGAUCAGACGUCUACUUCAUCUAAUUCGACAAGCUAUGCAGUACCAGUUGAGCACAUAUACUUCGAUGGCUCACAGCUCUCCACUGCCUCAGCUGCAAGUGGGUCGAAUGAAAGCGACACAGAUCAAGUGUCAAACAGAGAUGCUGUAGCUCCUCUUACCACUGGUGUAAUUAAUGAUAUAGACCAUGAGGAGGACACUGAAAUAAGACACCAAGGACCACUAGUUAAUGGAAAUCAACCUCCAGUUCGCUAUGGGCGUCAACCAUCAACAAAUGAAGAUUUGUCAUUGAAACAAGCAGAAGAUUUGAAAGAGAAGUCCCAUCAUUAUUGUUGCAUUUGCAUGGAAUAUGUGUACAUUCAGGUGAAUGGAAGCCGCCAAAUAGCAGCACAUGAGGCAUGUCUAGAUAAACUUAAUUUGAGCCAUACAGACUGGAACUGGUGAGUAUAAAACCAU